UCAGAUCUCAGCCUCCAGCGUAACUAGGAUUAUAUGCUGAGCCACUGCCACCCAGCCCCAUUUUUUUUUUCUUUUUUCUUUUUUUUCUGCUAGAGUGAGACAGUAUUACAGCUCUGGAGGCACAGGGAUCAAAGCAUCAGACAAAUCAAAAUGUUGUGUCUUGGAGCUUAUUGUCAGGUUGGGUACACGAUAAAUGGAGAAAACAAAAAAAGUAAGCCUUUGGCGGGGGUGGGGGGGGUAGGGGAAGACUUUAGAAGCAAAAAGCCAGAGGUAGACUUUUCCAGGAAAAAAAAACCAAAAAACAGAAAUAGAGGUAUGGCUCAAGUGGUAGAAUGCCAUCCGUGAGCCUAGAAUUCAGUUCACUGGCAUUCUAGUACAUUCACACUGUGCACAGUUUUUAUUUUUUGGUGGUGAUAUUGGGGUGUGAACUUAGAACCUCAUACUUGCUAAGGCUGGUAUUCUGCCACUUGAGCCAUUCUUCAGCCUUGCUUUUUUUCUUGUUAUUUUGGACAUAGAGUCUUUUUCAUUCAGGCUGGCCUAAACUAUGAUCCUCCAUAUCUCAGCCUCCUAAGUAGCUGGGCUUGCAGGCAUGAGCCACUGCUGCUGGCCUUUACCAGUACCUUGACUAUGUAUCUCCAGAACUCCUUGGUCAUUCCUAAGUGCAACUCAGACCUGCAUGGUGUCCUUUACCACAGAUGCCCCUCACAGAGAGGCCCAUCAGCAGGGGAAUCGCUUCCUCAUUCUCUCCCUGCCCUGCCUGUGAGGAGAAUUGACUGCCAUCCCCACGGCAUGGCCGCCCUGGGUCUGUCUCCCAUAUUGGUCAUGUCUAUCCAGGACCCUGCCUGUCUCCAGGAGGCAGAGUUUCCUUUUUCAUCAAAACACCAUCCCUGUCCCCAGAAUUUGGACCUGUUUGCUUGGCGUGGUCUGGAGCCUUGCACACCAACCAGUGUUGCUUCUCAGGAGUAUGUGACUUUCCAGGAUGUAGCUGUGGACUUCACUGAGAAGGAGUGGCCCCUGUUGGAUUCCUCUCAGAGAAAGCUGUACAAAGAUGUGAUGCUGGAGAACUACAGCAACCUGACUUCCCUAGGGUACCAGGUUGGCAAGCCCAGGCUCAUCUCACACUUGGAGCAAGAGGAGGAGCUGAGGACAGAGGAGAGGAGGAUGGAGCAGAGCCCCCUUUCAAAUUGGGAGACUCCAUCUAAAGCGAAGUGGUCGAUUCUCAUGGAAGACAUUUUUGGGAAGGAAGUAUCCAGUGGUGUGACAAUGGAAAGGAGCCUCUCCGAGAAGUCCUCCAACUACACAGACUUCUUCCAAGUCUUAAGCCUGGGCCCUCAUCUUCCCCAGCCGAUUGGAAGCCCCAGUGUCAAGAGACCCUAUCGCCAUCGUGCUUGUGGGAUCUCCUUCAAGAACAGGACCCACCCAGCCCAGCACUUGAGCAUGUACGAUGGGAGGAAAAUGCAUGAGUGCCACCAGUGCCAGAAAUCCUUCACCACGAGCGCCUCCCUGACCCGGCACCGGAGGAUCCACACGGGGGAAAAGCCCUACGAGUGCCAGGACUGCGGGAAAGCCUUCAAUGACCCAUCAGCCCUCCGGAGCCACGCGAGAACGCACCUCCAGGAGAAGCCUUUUGACUGCGCUCAGUGCGGAAACGCCUUCCGGACCCUGUCGGCCCUGAAGAUCCACAUGCGUGUCCACACCGGUGAGAAACCCUACAAGUGUGAGCAGUGUGGCAAGGCCUACGGCAGGAGCUGCCACCUCAUUGCACACAAGCGGACACACACCGGAGAGAGGCCCUACCAGUGCCGAGACUGCAGCAAAGCCUUUCAGCACCCGUCGCACCUGAAGGAGCACGUCCGGAACCACACAGGGGAGAAGCCCUAUGCAUGUACACAGUGCGGCAAAGCCUUCCGCUGGAAGUCUAACUUCAAUCUGCACAAGAAGAACCAUCUGGUGCAGAAAACUUACCAGUGCAAAGAGUGCGGGAAAUCCUUUGGGGAUCUCCUGUCAAGGAGGAAACACAUGAGGCUCCACAUUGUGAAGAAGCCUGUGGAGUGUCGCCAUUGUGGGAAAACCUUCCGGAACCAGUCCAUCCUGAAGACUCACAUGAAUUCCCACACUGGAGAGAAACCAUAUGGCUGCGACCUCUGUGGCAAAGCCUUCGGUGCCAGCUCCAACCUCACUGCGCACCGGAAGAUCCAUACCCAGGAGAGGCGCUAUGAGUGUGCUGCGUGUGGCAAAAUCUUCAGUGAUUACCUGUCCCGCAGGAGACACAUGAGCAUCCAUCUAGUGAAGAAACGCGUGGAGUGUCGGCAGUGUGGGAAGGCCUUCCGGAACCAGUCCACGCUGAGGACACAUACGCGGAGUCACACGGGAGAGAAGCCCUAUGAGUGUGACCACUGUGGGAAAGCCUUCAGCAUAGGCUCGAACCUGAACGUGCACCGGAGGAUCCACACAGGGGAGAAGCCCUACGAGUGCAGCUCCUGCGGGAAAGCCUUCAGUGAUCACUCCUCCCUCAGGAGCCACCUGAAGACUCACCGCGGAGAGAAAUUCUUUGCACCAUCCGUAUGGAGAAGGCUCUAGUGAAUACUUCAGGGGUGAGCUAGACCACUGUGAGGGCAGGAUGGUCUCUCCUGAUCUCCCUAGCUAGUCCUCAGGAGGAAAAGCACCAAAGCACAAAGUCCAUCAUGCAAGGAAUGGGGCAGAGGGGCCAGCUGUCUGAAGGCAUUUUUGGUUUCUAGGAUGGGGGAGGUGCUAUGGGCACAAUAGCAGCCAUGCAGUUAGCCUGUUAGUGCCCAGAAGCCCCCAUGUGAAAUAAUUAUGUUCCCCACAUCAAAGAAUUAUGUUUGCUGCCAUGUCAGUGUUGCUGAGGCUGGGCAGUCUCCAUGAUUCCACAGUUGUCUGUAGUAGCCCCUCAGGUCUUGUGGUUCUCAUGAGCACUUUUGCUAGGAAAUAACAUAUUUUCCUUUGAAAACUUGAAGAUGUUAUGCAGUUCUUAAAGCUUUUUAUGCUGCUGAUAAUCUAGUGUGGAAAUGAUUUGUGCCCAGCCACCUCGCUGGUACCUAUGGCAGUGUGCAUUGGAGAGAGGCCUCAGCAAGCCGUUUCUCUCAUAAGUGUAGGACUGCACUUAGUUUUCUCUCGUGCAAAAAUGCCUAAGCUCAUUCAUCCUUAGUCUUUACAUUCAGUUAUGUUCUUCAUCAUGAAAGGUUUGUAUGUAUUUUUGCUACAGCUUCUAUCUUGAUAUCCUGUCAGUUUCCUUUUGGGUAUCUUCCCUGACCAAUGGCAUAUUUAGCAUUGUUCUCUACUGGGUAAGAUGGGGGUUUUUUGGCACCUGUCUUUUCCUGGCAUUGGAUCCAAGUGUGUGGUGAUCCAAACAUGAAGUCUCUCAUCUUUUCACAUCAAAAGACUUCAGGUUCUGUCCAGGUUGAACUAUUUUAAACAGUUUCUAUUGCAACUGGUACCAUUUACUCCCUCUGACUGACAAAUGAGUAGUGGGUUCUGUCUAUACAUUCUAUUUUUCUGGUCUUCCCCUGCUUCCCACCUUGCGAGGAGAUCCAGGACCUAGUACUGAAAGGUCCAUCUGUUACCCAUGAGGGUGAAAGCUGCAAUCUAAGAAGACACUGCAGACGCUAACGCACAGUGAUCCUGGGCUUCCUGUGGCUCUGAGUGUCAGUGCCAGCCUCAGAUUUAUUACUUCACUUCCUAUUAUAUGAAGAAAAAUAAAACUGAUUAAUGAUU